AGAAAAUGGUGGAGGCUGUCGUCAGCAGAUGAGCCGAGCAUCCCUGACUCUGAGAGAUACAGGCACACAUCUAUGAUCUUAAAGCCAGGUCAGGAGAAAGAACUGCAUCUCAGCCGUGGUGUUCCCCUUCUGGCAAUGUGUAGAUGGCCCAGCCUCCUGAACACAAGAUGAGUUUUGAGGGGGCAGAGGGUAGACCAGUCCCACCCACAUCCCUGCCACUACAGGGCCAAGAGGGCGGUGGCACACAGAGAAAAAAACUGUCCGCUCCUCUUAUUAGCCUGUCAUUGGACCAAAGUGAAGAUGACCUGUUUGACACACCAGAUGACCUCGACAUCAAUGUGGAUGAUCUGGACACACCUGAUGAGGCAGAUUACACUGACCAUGAAAUAGACUGGGAAGAGCCUAAAGCAUCCCAGAGAGAUUCUGUCAAAGAAACAAUCACACACGCAGAGCCAAUUCCUACAUACACCGCUGAAGAAGAGCGGCAGGAUUCCAAACUCUGGAGAACCGUCAUCAUUGGAGAGCAAGAACAUCGCAUCAACAUGAAGUGCAUUGAACCUUACCAAAAAGUCAUCUCCCAUGGAGGCUACUAUGGCAAUGGUGCCAAUGCUAUCAUUGUAUUUGCUGCAUGUUUCCUGCCUGACAGUGACAGAGAGGACUAUCACGAGAUUAUGGAAAAUCUCUUUCUGUUUGCCAUCAGUACACUGGAGCUCAUGGUAGCAGAGGACUACAUGAUUGUCUAUCUGAAUGGAGCCACUCCACACCGCAGGAUGCCAGGCCUCAACUGGCUCAAGAGAUGCUACCAGAUGAUUGAUAGGAGGCUGAGAAAGAACUUGAAAUCUUUCAUCAUUGUUCAUCCAUCAUGGUUCAUCAGGACAAUUCUAGCCAUCACUAAACCGUUUAUCAGCUCAAAGUUCAGCAGUAAGAUCAGGUAUGUGAACAGCUUAGCAGAACUAGAAGAACUCAUCCCAAUGGAGUACGUCCACAUACCUGAAUGCAUCAUCAGACUCGAUGAGGAGCUACGGGAAGCAGCUGAGAGCUCUAAAAUCAACAGCUUCCUCCAUGGGCCUGAGAUUCCACCAAAUUCAUCUAUAUCUCAACCCAACACGAGCAGUUCAUAAGCACAGACAGCAGAGGAUGCAUGAACUAUAUGUUCCUAAAGGUCUUUUAAGGAUGUGGAUGCAAUAAUAAUGUAAAAUAAGAAAAUAUGGGUACUUUUAUGCUUUGAUGUCUAUGUCUCACAGUGCUGGGAUGAAUAGAGCACCACACACUCUUUUACAACCCCCCCCCCCCCCCCCCUUUAUAAUUUUUUUUAUUUUUUUCUCUCAUAUCUCAGUUUGCACCACAGGACAGUAGCUUUUAAAACCAGCUCAGUGCUUGAAACAUUCUUAUCACCUGUUUUCGUCUCAUUGCUACUUCAAUUAUGCAUGACAAGCAUCUUAGCAAUAAUAUUGUAUUUUUACCCUUUAGGCUUAUCAUUUUCACAAACUGAUAUUUUUCUAAUUGGGCAAUGUACAAAUGAUAAAGCAAGGCUGAAAUUUUUUUUUUCAUGCUUGCCCAGUUGGGCACGUAAUUCAGGUUUUUACAUUCCCUGCCAACAUUUUCACUACCGUUAAUUUUUUUUUAUGUGCAAUACAAAUUCAUAAACAUACUUUUGCUGUAAAACAAUGGCAUAUGAGGAAAAAACACUGCCAUAUUAAUAAAUACAUUUUUUAUUAAAAGUAUCACUAGACAUGUCAAUAUACAGUAUAAAUAAAAAAAUCAUGUAUAUAUUUCAAUAAAUAAAUAAUUAAAUGUGUCAAUAAAUAAAUAACUUGCAAAAUACAUUUUCCUUUGGACUUUGAUGUAUUAAUUGACAUAUUUAUUUAUUGGCACAUUUCAUGAUUUACUUAUUUAUUGAGAGAAAUAUUGAUGCAUAUUGUUGUUUUUAAUAUAAUAUUAAUUUACAUUAAUUUAUUAAUAUGGCACACCAAGUCCUCCAUAAUUCGUAUCAUAAGUCAUUCUUUCAAUUUUAACAAAACCUCAUCUCUGUCAGUGAGCUAGACAAUGUUACCAAGUGUAAAUCAGCAGAAUUCACAACAACGUUCAGUGAAUCACAGAAAACCAAAUGUCAUCAAAACACAUUCACUGCAUUGCAAGUAUUUUGUCUUGUUAAUAUCUAAACAUCCUUAAAACAAGAAAAAGUUAAUUGCAUAACAAAUUAAGAGUUGUUUCCAGAGAAUAUAUCUAGAAUUAGGUUUAUUUUUGUUUCCACAUUUACAAAUACUGUAGUUUUUUUUUUUUUUUUUAAGCACUUACCUGCCAAAAUGAGUGAUUUAUUUGUCUGUUUUUUUUUUUUAAGCAUUUAGCAAAUGUUAGACAGAGUGACAACACAGCACUGGCCGGAUUCUGUUCUUUACAGUUCUGUUAAUAGGCCCUAAACUCUCUCACAUUCUUAUUAUUGAAGUUCUUGCAAAUCUAAGCUCUCACAAGUUUCCAUCCUGCUCGGACGAACCAGAACACUUGAGCUGCCCAGAAUGAAUGCAUGCAUGAUUAUCCUAAACACAAAAACAAUGUAUAGAACCCUGUUAGCUCCAAUGCCAGCAAUGUACCUUCUCAUGCUAAAUUAUGUGGUGUCAUGAAAGCAGAGGAGGUACAGCACUCUUAGUUAAUUAUUGCCAUUGUCAAAAACUACAUGGGUUUAAAUCUAAACAAUGGCUCAUUUAUAAUUUUUAUUUAUUUUUUUUAUUUUUUUUUUAUUUCAAAUUCAGCAGGGAGAAAACAUUUGUAGUCCUUAAAGAUGUGGUGUGUAAAAAAAUGUUUAUGUUAAAAUACUUUCUUCUAUUCCAAUUUAAUGUGCAGAGAAAACUAUCAUAAGCAAGACAUUUGUGGGUUGACUUUCCAGAAAAUUGACUCUGUUAAAAGAUGAUGUGAGUUUGAUAGAGUUUUGGGAACUUUUUGUUGAACACUGGCAGACAAGUAGCAGGACGGUAAAAGUACAGUAUUUGGGAAACCUGUUUAAAAACAACCAUCAGUGAUGUUCGCUUGCUCAUAGUUUGGGUUUGGGUUUUUCAAAGUCCCUAACCCUGAGUAUUAAAUGUCAGUAUGUAAUUCUUAUUGAGGAGAGGUGUGCUAUUAAUGUUCUAAGCAAUCAAACUUACGAUUUUCUGCUAGUGACACAGAAAUUACACACUUCAUCUUCAUGAAUCAAUCCAUAGUCAUGCAUUAGUUGACCUAGAUCAGUCCUAGAUCUUUAAGAGAUGUAAUGUCUUAUUUUGAAUGUUUGCAAUGUAUAGAGAAAAAAAUAGUUGACACAAUCAAAUAGUCUGUAAAAUCUAAAGAGCAUGCAGUUUUAGACGUUUAUCAAGUACGUUGUGACUGCUCUGUCUACUUCCAAACAUCUAUCGUGUCAAUGGCUACGUUUACAUGCACCCUCAUGUAACCGGUCUUGCUCGACUCGCUCCGAGCAGGAUUCGAACCGGUGUCAGCUGACAUGGGCGGCGGGUGCUUUAACAAGGAGGCUAAAGGUUACAGCCCCUAGCAUCAGUCGCUAUUUUGCCUCUUGAAGCAAGGGGAGUGAGGUUUAAACAUACCGUACAGCUAUCACAUACCAGCAGGCUCCCGUUACACUCAUAAUGCGAUUAUACUGUGAUUAAACUGUUAAUCAUGUGAACAGAAUAUUGUGAUUGUGAUAUUGCGAUUAUGCUAAUAAUCAGAGUAAUGAUAAUCGCAGUAAGAUAUGUGGAGUACUCCUAUUUUAAUAGCUUUAAUCGCAUUUAUUCCACUCUGAACAAUGUGCGACUGCGGCCAGUGCUGCAGAUGGAUGAAGUUACGCUCAAGCAUGGGUUCAAAAACAUCACGAAACAGAAGAAGCUGCACUUACUUCUCUGUUUCAUGCGACCCGACAGUUCUUGCACUGUUUUCCAGCAGUAGUGCUCACCAACUGCAGAAUGUACAGCCCCACGACAAAAGAAAACAUAUUUUCCUGAGCUGUGAAUGUCCGUUUGCAGUCUGAAUUGAAUUUUGGUGUGAUAAAAAAAAAUGUCACGUACGUAUUUCAAAAGAGCUUUUCCUCACGGGCGGAACACAACAACAUCCAGCGCGUGUAUUCCGAUUCACAAACAAGUGACUCUUAUGAACGGAUUCUUUUUAGUGAAUCAAAACAGACAGCGCAUCCAGUGUAGUCAAAAUGACUCUUAUUAACCGGUUAUUUUAAAAAAUCGUUCAAAAAGACUCACAAACUGACUGACUAAUUUUCCUUAUGCCAAGCUGUAUUUAAAGAUACAUCUUUGCAACAAGAUUUUUGUAAUAUUUUAUAAAAAAGCAUUAAAACAUUAAAAUUUCUCAGCGAAUAAUCAGAGUAUUGGCAACUAGCAUGUAAACGGGAUUGAAGAGGUUUGCCCAAAUCAUGUAAACAUCUUAGUGUAAUUAUUCCUUAUACUCUGAUUAUUGCAAUAAUCAGAGUAUUGGUGUGCAUGUAAACGUAGCCAUGUGUAUAUGUGUGAGGAUAUUUGUGUAUGGGUUUGUACAGUAUGUGGGUAUGUUUGUUGGUGUAUGAGUAUUAUAUGCCGUUAAGUCUCUCCAACUAACAGGUUCAAAUGUUAUAAAGGGAAUUAAAAGAUUGCUGUGAAGCACAAUAUAAAAGGAAGUGUGCAAGUGUGAAUGUGAAUAUAGGAGGACAUUUACGUGUAAUUCUAUUACUGCAUGCAUCCCUGGUUGUCGAUAUCUGAUCCUUUUAGACUGAAAUUCUAUCAAAUAAUAUGAGUACUGUAGAUGAAAACUUUGAUCCAGAGGCCUUUCUUCAGCAGAGGAUAUUGAGAUGUUAUAUCAUGAUACAGAGUAAAUCAAUAAAUUUAAAUCUAAUCUGAA